AUGGAUCGCGUGGUGCAAGCGACAGGCAGAAUCAAGAAAAGGAAGGCUGAGAACCAAGACAAUGAACGCCUAUCGAAACGGCUGAGUUUACUUAAUCUUGAGCGCAAUGGCCAAAAGCUCUAUGUCCCAGUGGAAGCACCUACAACCGCGGAGUUUACAUCGAAAGCUCCAGCACGGAAUAAGCCACAAGAGGAAGAUAUAAUGCAGCUGGAUGAUACAAAGCACAAAGUCUACAUCUACGAUCUCGACGCCGAACUCUCCGAUAGCGAAUCCUCCUCAGACGAAGGAAAGCUCGUCUUCCUACCCGACAUCGAAAAACAUCUCCGAGAAACACGCAUCCCACCUCGCAUUCUCGCAAAUAGUGAGGGCGAAUUAGCGGGCAACAAUUUGCAAUUGGUGCUGUACAAUGUUCCGAGCUCUUUGACGGUGCCUGAAGAGCAGGAUAGUGUCAGGAGAGCCAUUGUUGAAACCAGGGCGAGGGCCCGAGCAAGGCAAGAGCAGAGGCGGCUACAAGGUACCCGAGAGGCUCGGACGGAGAAUAAAGCGGGCAGUGGAAAUCUAGACGCAAGGCAUUGCUACCAGGGAAUGGUUAAUGGACAAGCUUCCAUGACGCCGGGAAACGAAGAACCUGUGCAUGAAGAACCCGUUAUGGCUCUUGCAGUACCUGAAGAAACGGUGGAAUAUGAUCCCGACGCUAUGGAUUUAGGCUGA